CAGUUAAAUCGGCAAAGAGGCAUCGAUCACAACACUGAAAGACAAAUUUAUUUCUUGAUUACUUUUUGUUAAUAUUUACGUGCUGGCAUUGAAAUGAAGCUAAUGUUAUGUGAAAUGAUCUGGUUAACGAUCAUGUUUGUGUAUUAUGCCACGCCCACUUUGGGGUACUCGAAUAAAACGCAAGAAUUGGAAACUCCAACGACACUUCCAACACCCACAAAUAAUAAAUGCAUAUUAUCAACAGGAUCAGCCGGUGAAUGUGUCGAUAUCAGCAAAUGUCCGAUUAUUCUGAAUGAGCUAAAGACAGAAAAGGUCGAUCCUAUGACUAUCAGAUAUGUGAAAGAUUCAAAUUUGAUUUGUGACCAGAUUGGUCAUAAUGUCUGUUGUCCCAAAGAGAACUCUUUAGUUGAGCCAAUUCCACGUCGUUUGCCCACUGAAGAAGAGGGAUGUGGUAAGCAAAUAAACGGUUUCUCCAAGAAGAUCGCUGGUGCCUUUCCUGCCAGCAGGAAUGCCUGGCCAUGGAUAGCGUUACUUGCCUACACUUAUGGAUCCUCAAAUCUCUUCAAGUGCGGUGGCACCUUGAUCACCACGAGACACGUUCUCACAGCUGCUCAUUGUAUACUCGAUGAACUGUCCUUUGUACGUUUAGGCGAGCAUGAUCUCUCCACAGAAACAGAUACUAAGCUUGUUGAUAUUAAUGUAGUCAAGAAAGCAGUUCAUCCACAAUUCAAUAGUCUCAGUGGACGUGCUGAUCUUGCGAUUGUCUAUUUGGAACGUAACGUGGAUUUUAUGGAUUUAAUCGUGCCCAUUUGUUUACCUACUUCUCCGACAUUACGAUCAAAGUCCUUUGUGGAUUUAUAUCCCACCAUCAUUGGGUGGAGCAAAACUCAAGAGGAAUGCCAAUCUGUGAAUAUUUUAACUGCAAAUCAAGUACCCGUUUGGGAAAACAAAGUUUGCCGUGAAAGUUAUGCCAAACUGAAUCGAAGUUAUACUGAGGAUCAGUUCGAUGGCGCCAUUGUAUGUGCUGGAAAUAUGCGAGGUGGCAUGGAUUCCUGUCUAGCCGAUCCUGGGGGUCCGCUAAUGAUUCCCGAAAGAUAUGAAAAUAAUUUUAGAUUCUACCUGAUUGGAGUUAUGGCUUACGGCUGUGAAUGUGACACGAAAAAUGCGCCUGCUAUUUAUACGAGCACACAAUACUUCAUGGACUGGAUAAUCGAGAAGGUGGAGGACACGCCAUAUAUCAGUAAUUGUUCGAUUAUUCUAAACGAGCUGAAGGCAGAAAAGGUCGAUCCUAAGAUUAUCAAAUAUGUAAAAGAUUCGAAUUUGAUUUGUGGCCAGAUUGGUCAUAAUGUCUGCUGUCCCAAAGAGAACUCUUUAGUGGAGCCAAUUCCACGUCGUUUGCCCACCGAGGAAGAGAAAUGUGGUAAACAAAGAAAUGUUACAUUCAAGAAGCUCAUUGGGGGAGGCAAUGCCAAAAUAGGUGCCUGGCCAUGGAUUGCGCUACUCGCCUACGAUUAUGGAUCCUCAUAUCAAUUCAAGUGCGGUGGCAGCUUGAUCACAGCGAGACAUGUUUUAACAGCAGCUCAUUGCAUACUUGAUGAACUUAAAUUUGUGCGUUUAGGUGAGCAUGAUCUCUCCACGGAUACGGAGGCUCAACAUGUGGACAUAAAUGUAGUUAAGAAAGUAGUUAAUCCACAUUACAAUAGACUCACUCGUCGUGCUGAUCUUGCGAUCAUCUAUUUGGAGCGCAACGUGGAGUUUUCAGAAGUAAUCGUGCCCAUUUGUUUGCCUAAUACUCCUAGUCUGCGAGCAAAGUCACAUGUGGAUUUGAAUCCCAUUAUCAUUGGGUGGCGCACAAAUCACGGAGAAUGUCAAUCUGAGAAUAUCAUACAUCAGGUGCAGGUGACUGUCUGGGAAAAUGAAGUUUGCCAUAGUAGUUAUAAAAAAGUAAAUCAAAGUUUUACUGAGGAUCAGUUCGAUGGCGCCGUUCUCUGUGCGGGUGAUGUGCUUGGUGGAUGGGAAGCUUGUCUAGCGGACUCUGGUGGUCCGCUCAUGGCUCCCGAAUUAAAUGGAACGACAUUUAAAUACUAUCUGAUUGGAGUUGUGGCUUACGGCUGUGGCUGUGAUGCACAAAGUGCUCCUGCUGUUUAUACGAGCACUCAGUACUUUAUGGACUGGAUAAUCGAGAAGGAAGAGAAAUGUGGUAAGCAAAAGAAGUUCAGUUUCAAGAAGAUAAUUGGAGGCAGUCCUGCGAAGAAAGGUGCCUGGCCAUGGAUUGCGCUACUCGCCUACGAUUACGGUUUCUCGCACGCUUUCAAGUGCGGUGGCACUUUGAUAACCUCAAGACACGUUUUGACAGCAGCUCAUUGUAUUCUUGAUGAAUUGACCUUUGUGCGCUUAGGCGAGCACGAUCUUUCCACGGAUACGGAGACUCGACAUGUGGACAUAAAUGUUGUCAAGAAAGUAAAACAUCCACAUUUCAAUAGGCGCAACGGUCGCAGUGAUUUAGCGAUUUUGUAUUUGGAACGCAACGUGGAGUUUACGGACUUAAUUGUUCCCAUUUGCUUGCCUAACUCUCCUCAAUUACUUGCAAAAUCCUAUGUGGAUGCUAAUCCCUUUGUCAUUGGCUGGGGCAAGACUCAGGAGGGAGGUCAAUCUGCCAAUAUUUUAAAUGAGUUGCAAGUGCCUGUUUGGGAAAAUGACGUCUGCCGAGAAAGUUAUGCCAAACUGAAUCGAAGUUUUACUGAGGAUCAGUUUGAUAGCGCCAUUCUCUGUGCGGGAGAUCUGCAAGGUGGCAAGGAUUCCUGUCAAGGGGACUCUGGUGGUCCGCUAAUGUCCCCCGAAUUCGAAUAUCAUAUAUUCAACAUGAAGUGCAUGUUAUGUGUGAUCUUUAUGAUGAUCAAUUUUAUCGGCCUAGGCAUGCCAAUUUUGGAGCGGUCCAAUCGCUUGCGAACAACAAUGACAACUUCAACCACAAGAUCACCAAAAUCGAAAAAUGAGACCCACGUUGAAAGCUGUUUUAUAUCUCCCGGCGAGCUUGGAGAAUGUGUUGAUGUCAGAAGCUGUCCGCCCAUAGUGGAUGAGCUGAAGAUUAAACUUGUCGAACCCGACUUUGCCAGAUAUGUGAAAGCUUCGAAUUUCAUCUGUGGCAAGGUUGGAAAAAAGGUCUGCUGUCCCAUUGUGAGGCGUCGUUUGCCCACCGAGGAAGAAGGAUGCGGUCAACCGAACAUUUUAAGCUUCAGGAAGAUCAUCGACGGUAAUGUGGCCGAGAAGGGCGCCUGGCCAUGGAUUGCACUGCUGGGUUACAAUGAUGGCACCUCUUCGCCUUUCAAGUGUGGUGGCACCUUGAUCACCGAUCGACACAUUGUGACUGCUGCACAUUGCAUACGAGAUGAACUCGCCUUUGUGCGUCUAGGUGAACACGAUCUGAGCACGGAUGCGGAGACUCAUCAUAUUGAUAUUAAAGUGAUCAAGUCAGAGUGCCAUCCGGAGUAUAAUCCUCGCAAUAGUCGCAGCGAUAUAGCGAUCAUUCAUUUGGAACGCAACAUCGAGUUUACGGACCUAAUCAUGCCCAUUUGCAUGCCUAAUUCUCCCAGCUUGCGUGUCAAGUCCUAUGUGGGUGAAUCUUCAUUUGUCAUUGGCUGGGGUAAAACUCAGGAAGGUGGCAAAACGGCAGCGGUGUUGAAUCAGCUAAAGAUACCGAUCGUGGAUAACGAAGUCUGUCGCAAUUGUUACGACAAGUUGGAUCGCUACUUUACUGUGGAUCAAUUCGAUAAGGCUGUUCUCUGUGCUGGUUAUCUUCGAGGUGGCUACGACACCUGCCAAGGCGACUCGGGUGGUCCGUUAAUGAGCGCCGAAGAUUUUCGAGGAAGCAAAAGAUUCUAUCUCAUUGGGGUCGUGUCUUACGGCUUUGGUUGCGGAAGAUCAAAUGCCCCCGGAGUGUAUUCAAGCACACAGUACUGCAUGGACUGGAUAAUUAAAAAGCUGGAGGAAAGGCCUUGAACUAGAAUUUUAGUAUAAUAAAUAGGUAAAAGUUUAAAGAUUAUUUAGAAUAAUUUUCAAUCUCCUUGUUUUUAUUUUAGCCAAAUUUAAGAACUGUUUUAAUAAAUAAAUGGAAAUGAUUGGUUCAUUACUUGGAUGACAAGAUACAUU